CGUCGGAAGCGCGCAUGUCCUUCCUCCUCUCCCGGGCAUGCUCAUUAGCGGCCGAGGAGGCAAACCGCUCAGAAGGGAUCGGGUUCUCUGCUGCCAGUCUGCCCGGCGCAGAGCGGCUGGGUGUGCAAAGGCGAGAGAGCGAGAGCAGUGACAAGGCAGCAGACGGGGCUGGGGAAGCUUCGCGUUUCCGAAGCAGCCUGUCUGCCUUUGCGGACAAUCCCGGGUCUCCUCUCUCUGCUUUUGGCGCUGAGUCGCCCCUGCGAGGAGGACUGGGAAGGGGAGGAGGGAUGAUGAUGCGGGCAAUCAGCAGCAGCUGCAUCCUCGGCUAUGUGGAUUUAUAUUCGCCUUCAGCGUAGCUGCCGCGCCGGGGAGAGGCACGACGAGGGCAGCAGCGUCGGCAGCCGGGCGCGAUGGCUGGCCACCGGAGCCGCGCGGGAUGGAGGCGGCGCUGCUGCAGGAGCAGCAGCAGCAACUGAAACUUCCACUGGGCAAGCAGGACUGUUUCGGUAAGGAGCCUCAAUACAUUGUUUUCACGAUUUUGGCCUACUUAAUCAGAGAUGGAGCAAAUGGAUUGUAAACCCUACCAGCCGCUGUCGAAAGCUAAGCAUGAAAUGGAUCUAGCUUACACGAGCUCAUCUGAUGAAAGUGAGGAUGGAAGAAAGGCAAGACAGUCUUAUGAGUCCAGAGAAACGCUUAAUGAAUAUGGCCAAGAACUCAGAAUGAAUUACAACAGCCACAGCAGAAAAAGAAAAGCUGUUGAUGAACCCACUCAAGAGAUGGAAUUUCAUGAUACUCCACAUAUCUUGUGCACUGGCUACCAGCCAGACAUGCAUGCUGUCUCCCAGUGUGGCUAUCCGAUAGAGAUGGGUUCUGAUGUCGAUACUGAGACAGAAGGAGGAGCCUCACCAGAUCAGGCCUUGAGGAUGUGGAUGUCCGGAAUGAAAUCUGAGCACAGUUCCUGUUUAUCGAGCCGCGCAAACUCAGCGCUAUCCCUCACCGAUACUGACCACGAAAGGAAGUCUGAUGGGGAAAACGAAAUGCCAGGAAGCCCACGAAACCAGUUCACAUUCAGACCACUGCCACCACCUCCACCACCGCCCCACACAUGUACCUGCAGCAGGAAGCCGCUUUCAACAGCUGACUCUUUCCAGGGAAGAUCAAUGACGACCCGCAGCCAACCUAGCCCAGCUGCUCCACCCCCUCCAACCAGUACGCAGGAUGCAGUGCAUCUCCAUAACAGUUGGGUCCUGAAUAGUAAUAUACCACUAGAAACCAGAAGUCAGUGGGGGAUUUGCUGGCCCUCGGCUGUGGAAUUGCCUUCCACCAGAAAUCAGGAGGACCAUGUCUCUUCCCUCGUGCCAAGUGAAAUGCAUUUCCUAUUUAAGCAUGGAUCUGGCUCGUCAGCUAUCUUCAGUGCCGCCAGUCAGAAUUACCCUUUAACUUCCAAUACUGUUUAUUCGCCGCCUCCCAGGCCACUUCCUAGAAGUACUUUUUCUAGACCAGCUUUCUCUUUUAACAAACCUUACAGAUGCUGCAACUGGAAGUGUACUGCCUUGAGUGCAACAGCUAUUACAGUCACACUGGCUUUGCUGCUUGCCUAUGUCAUUGCAGUACAUUUAUUUGGCCUAACUUGGCAGCUACAGCCUGUUGAAGGGCAGCUUUAUGAAAAUGGAGUCAGUAAAGGAAGCAAAGGCACAGAGUUCCUGGACACAACUUACUCACCCAUCGGAGGGAAAGGUUCUGAUAAAACAGAAAGAAAAGAAAUAGUGUUUCAGAAAGGACAGGCAAUAGACACGGGCGAAAUUGAAAUUGGAGUUCAAGUGAUUCAAGCCAUUCUUCCAGGCCUCUUCUGGCGUUUCCAGAUUAUGAUCCAUCACCCAAUGUACCUGAAAUUUAAUGUUUCUCUGGCAAAGGACUCACUUUUCGGGAUAUAUGGGAGACGCAAUAUUCCCCCUACUCACACACAGUUUGAUUUUGUGAAACUGAUGGAUGGGAAACAGUUAAUUAAGCCAGAAUCAAGACAUUCUGAUGAAUCUCAGCAUGCUCCUAGGAAUCUGAUCUUAAUGUCCUUGCAAGAAACUGGUUUCAUAGAAUAUAUGGACCAGGGAACUUGGCACUUGGCAUUUUACAAUGAUGGCAAGAAAAUGGAGCAAGUGCAAGUGUUGACAACAGCAAUUGAAGUCAUGGAUGACUGCUCCACUAACUGCAAUGGGAAUGGAGAAUGCAUUUCUGGGCACUGCCACUGUUUUCCAGGAUUCCUUGGUCCAGAUUGUGCAAGAGACUCCUGCCCGGUGUUAUGUAGUGGAAAUGGGGAAUAUGAAAAGGGCCACUGCUUGUGUCGCAAUGGGUGGAAAGGGCCUGAGUGUGACGUUCCAGAAGAGCAGUGCAUUGACCCCACUUGCUUUGGCCAUGGAAAGUGUAUCAUGGGGAUCUGCAUUUGUGACCCAGGAUAUAAAGGAGAGAUAUGUGAAGAAGAGGACUGUUUAGAUCCUAUGUGUUCUGGCCAUGGAGUCUGUGUUCAAGGGGAAUGUCACUGUUCCAUGGGUUGGGGAGGAGUCAGCUGUGAAACAUCACUCCCUAUCUGCCAAGAACAGUGUUCGGGACAUGGCAGUUUUCUUUUGGAUACUGGAGUAUGCAACUGUGACCCAAAGUGGACAGGUUCUGACUGCUCAACAGAACUCUGCAUACUGGAUUGUGGCAGCCAUGGUGUUUGUGCAAGAGGAACCUGCCAGUGUGAAGAAGGCUGGGUAGGCCCAACAUGCGAGGAGCGCACAUGUACUUCUCACUGCACUGAACAUGGGCAGUGCAAAGAUGGAAAGUGUGAAUGCAGCCCUGGAUGGGAAGGGGACCAUUGCACCAUUGGUGAGUUGGAUGGCUGCCCAGGUCUGUGUUAUGGAAAUGGAAGAUGCACCCUUGAUCAGAAUGGAUGGCACUGCGUCUGCCAAGUGGGCUGGAGCGGAAUGGGAUGCAAUGUUGUCAUGGAAAUGAUGUGUGGAGACAACAUCGACAAUGAUGGAGAUGGUUUGACAGACUGUAUAGACCCUGACUGCUGCCAGCAAAGCAAUUGCUAUUCAAGCCCGCUCUGUCAAGGGUCCCCUGAUCCCCUUGACCUCAUUCAGCAGAGCCAGCCUCCUUUCUCUCAGCAUCCUCCAAGGCUCUUUUAUGAUAGAAUCAAGUUUCUUAUUGGCAAGGAAAGCACUCAUGUAAUCCGAGGAGAUGUCUCAUUUGAGAGCAGACGUGCUUGUGUUGUUCGAGGCCAGGUGGUAGCGAUAGAUGGAACCCCCCUGGUUGGCGUGAAUGUGAGUUUCCAAAACCACAAUGAUUAUGGAUACACCAUCAGCCGACAGGAUGGAAGUUUUGACCUAGUGGCUGUUGGGGGCAUCUCAGUCACCUUGGUCUUUGAGAGAUCUCCUUUUCUUUCUGUGAAAAGGACACUUUGGUUGUCCUGGAAUCGGUUUAUUGUGAUAGACAAAGUAGUCAUGCAAAGAGCAGAAGUGGACCCACCAUCCUGUGACAUCAGUAACUUUGUGAGCCCCAAUCCCAUUGUCCUCCCUUUUCCUCUCACAUCAUUCGGAGGAUCGUGUCCAGAAAGGGGGACAAUUAUACCAGAACUACAGGUGGUCCAGGAGGAAAUCCCCAUCCCUUCCAGCUUUACAAAGCUCAGCUACCUGAGCAGCCGAACUUCAGGAUACAAAACCUUGCUACGCAUUGUGAUGACACAUUCUACCAUCCCUCCCGGAAUGACAAAAGUGCAUCUUACUGUUACAAUUGAAGGGCGGCUGGCUCAGAAAUGGUUCCCUGCUGUCACCAACUUGGUCUAUACCUUUGCUUGGAAUAAGACAGAUAUCUACGGCCAAAAAGUAUCUGGCUUGGCAGAAGCAAUGGUGUCGGUGGGUUAUGAGUAUGAAACUUGUCCAAAUCUGAUUCUGUGGGAGAAAAGGACUGUAACGCUGCAAGGAUUUGAGUUGGAUGCUUCAAAUCUUGGAGGCUGGUCCUUGGACAAACACCACAUUUUGAAUACACAAAGUGGUAUUGUCCAUAAAGGAAAUGGAGAGAACAUAUUCAUCUCCCAGCAGCCCCCAGUAAUCUCAACUGUCAUGGGCAAUGGACACCAGAGGAGUGUUUCCUGUGCCAACUGCAAUGGUCCAUCUCACAGCAGUAAACUCUUUGCACCUGUCGCCUUGGCCUCUGGUACUGAUGGCAGCAUAUACAUUGGAGACUUCAAUUUUGUCCGGAGGCUCCUUCCUUCAGGAAACUCUAUUAGCAUCCUUGAACUAAGGAACAGAGACACAAGACACAGCACAAGUCCAGCUCACAAGUACUACCUAGCCAUGGACCCAGUAUCAGAAUCCCUUUACUUGUCAGAUACAAAUACCAGAAGAGUUUACAAGGUGAAAUCUCUCAGUGAAACCAAGGAUUUGACCAAAAACUAUGAAGUAGUGGCAGGAAAAGGUGACCAGUGCCUUCCAUUUGACCAAAGUCACUGUGGAGAUGGAGGACGGGCUUCCGAAGCAUCACUUCACAGCCCCCGAGGUAUUACUGUAGAUAAGCACGGCUUCAUCUACUUUGUUGAUGGCACCAUGAUUCGGAAGAUUGAUGGAAAUGAUGUGAUCACAACAUUAAUAGGCUCAAAUGGUCUCACGUCAACCCAGCCACUGAGCUGUGAUGCUGGAAUGGACAUCACUCAGGUCCGCUUGGAAUGGCCAACAGACCUUGCUGUCAACCCCCUUGACAAUUCGUUAUAUGUUCUGGACAAUAACAUUGUGCUGCAAAUUUCUCAAAAUCAGCAAGUGCGCAUUAUUGCAGGCCGACCUAUUCACUGCCAGGUGCCAGGCAUAGAUCACGUUUUGGUCAGCAAAGUGGCAAUCCAUUCCACACUUGAGUCAGCAAGAGCCAUUGGCGUAUCUCACAGUGGAGUGCUGUACAUUGCCGAGACUGAUGAAAGGAAGAUCAACCGCAUCCAACAGGUUACAACUAAUGGUGAAAUCUCUAUCAUAGCUGGAGCUCCAUCGGAUUGUGACUGUAAGAUUGACCCCAAUUGUGACUGUUUCUCUGGUGAUGGUGGGUUCGCCAAAGAUGCAAAACUGAAAGCUCCCUCUUCCCUGGCUGUAUCUCCUGACGGCACCUUGUAUGUAGCUGACCUUGGCAACAUCCGUAUCCGUGCAGUCAGUCGGAAUAAGGCUCAUCUCAAUGACAUGAAUAUUUAUGAGGUUGCAUCCCCAGCAGACCAGGAACUGUAUCAGUUCACCAGCAAUGGGACUCACUUGCACACACUCAAUCUGAUUACAAGGGACUUCAUGUACAAUUUCACAUACAAUGGAGAAGGCGAUCUUGGCACCAUUACCAACAGCAAUGGGAAUUCAGUUCAUAUUCGCAGAGAUGCCAGUGGUUUGCCUCUCUGGCUGGUGAUGCCUGGAGGUCAAGUAUACUGGCUGACCAUAAGUAGCAAUGGGAUUCUCAAAAGAGUUUAUGCCCAGGGCUACAAUCUAGCUCUCAUGACUUAUCCUGGCACCACAGGUCUUCUAGCCACCAAAAGCAAUGAGUAUGGAUGGACAACAGUUUAUGAGUACGAUUCUGAUGGACAUUUAACCAAUGCAACAUUUCCGACGGGUGAGGUCAGCAGCUUCCAUAGUGACGUAGAAAAACUGAUGAGAGUUGAAAUCGACACUUCAAACAGGGAGAAUGUGAUCACAGCUACAAAUUUUUCAGCUACCUCAACUAUCUACACAUUAAAACAAGACAACAUUCAGAAUAUAUAUCGGGUCAGUCCAGAUGGGUCACUGAGAGUCACUUUUGCCAGUGGAAUGGAGAUCACUCUGAACACAGAACCUCACAUCCUAGCUGGCGUUGUCAAUCCUACUUUAGGAAAAUGCAAUAUCUCUUUACCCGGAGAGCAUAACUCCAACCUUAUUGAGUGGAGACAAAGGAAGGAACAGACCAAAGGCAAUAUCUCUGCAUUUGAGAGAAGGUUACGGGCCCACAACAGAAACCUGCUCUCAAUUGAUUUUGACCACAUCACAAGAACAGGGAAGAUCUAUGACGACCAUCGGAAGUUCACUCUUCGGAUUCUCUACGACCAGGCAGGCCGCCCAAUCCUUUGGUCUCCCCUCAACAAAUACAAUGAAGUCAACAUCACUUACUCACAUUCUGGAUUAGUGACCUUUAUCCAGAGAGGGACGUGGACCGAAAAGAUGGAGUACGAUCCAGGUGGGAAGAUCAUUUCCAGAACAUGGGCAGAUGGAAAAAUAUGGAGCUACACAUACCUAGAAAAGAGACUGCUGCACAACAGAGACGGGAGUAAACUUAUGAAGCUGAGUGCUGAGAGGAUGAAAAAAGAAGGCAGACAAGCAGCCCUAAACCAGGGUCUGCCUGUGUCUGUGAUGCUUCUCCUGCAUAGUCAGCGUCGUUACAUCUUUGAGUAUGACCAGUCAGACUACCUGCUAUCUGUCACCAUGCCAAGUAUGGUACGCCACAGCUUUCAGACAAUGCUGUCUGUUGGAUACUUCCGCAAUCUCUAUUCCCCACCAGACAGCAGUGCAUCUUUCAUCCAGGACUUCACCAGAGACGGACGACUUCUGCAGACCCUCUACCCGGGUACAGGGCGCAGGGUUCUUUACAAAUACACCAAGCAGUCUAGACUGUCAGAGAUUCUUUAUGACACCACGCAAGUCUCCUUUACUUAUGAAGAGUCAUCAGGUGUUAUUAAAACAAUACACUUGAUGCAUGACGGAUUUAUUUGCACCAUCAGAUACAGGCAAACAGGUCCACUUAUUGGCCGCCAGAUAUUCCGAUUUAGUGAAGAAGGUCUUGUGAAUGCCAGAUUUGACUACAGCUAUAACAACUUUAGAGUAACCAGCAUGCAGGCCAUGAUCAAUGAAACUCCUCUCCCUAUUGAUCUGUAUCGCUACGUUGAUGUGUCUGGUAAAACUGAACAAUUUGGAAAGUUCAGCGUAAUCAAUUAUGAUUUAAACCAAGUUAUAACUACCACCGCUAUGAAGCAUACCAAAUUUUUUAGUGCCAAUGGCCAAGUGAUUGAAGUGCAAUACGAAAUCCUUAAAUCCAUUGCCUACUGGAUGACCGUUCAGUAUGACAACAUGGGCCGCAUGGUGAUUUGCGACAUCCGAGUUGGAGUCGAUGCAAACAUAACAAGAUACUCUUACGAAUAUGAUGCUGAUAGCCAACUUCAAACUGUGUCUGUGAACGACAAAACCCAGUGGCGUUACAGCUAUGACCUCAAUGGAAAUAUCAAUUUACUUAGCCAUGGAAACAGCGCUCGGCUUACUCCUCUGAGGUACGAUCUCAGAGAUCGUAUCACAAGACUGGGAGACAUUCAGUACAAAAUGGACGAGGAUGGUUUCCUCAAACAAAGAGGAAAUGACAUCUUUGAGUACACCUCUAAUGGCUUUCUGAACAGAGCCUACAACAGGGUUUCUGGGUGGACAAUCCAGUAUUGCUACGAUGGGCUGGGGCGACGGGUGGCCAGCAAAUCAAGUUCAGGACAACACCUCCAAUUCUUCUACGCGGACCUUUCCAAUCCAGUAAGAGUUACUCACUUAUACAAUCACAGUAGUUCAGAAAUAACUUCCUUGUAUUACGACCUUCAGGGUCACCUAAUAGCCAUGGAAUUAAGCAGUGGAGAAGAAUAUUAUGUUGCCUGUGACAACACUGGCACACCUUUAGCUAUCUUCAGCAGUCGAGGUCAAGUGAUAAAAGAAAUUCUUUACACCCCUUACGGAGAGAUCUAUCAGGACACAAAUUCAGAUUUUGAGCUCAUUAUAGGUUUCCAUGGAGGCCUGUAUGAUUCACUCACUAAACUGGUGCACUUGGGACAAAGAGAUUAUGACGUCAUUGCUGGGCGCUGGACAACACCAAACCACCAUAUCUGGGAAGAACUGAAGAACAACCCCAAGCCAUUUAAUUUGUAUGCAUUUGAAAAUAAUUAUCCAGCUGGCAGAAUCCAAGAUGUGGCUAAAUACACAACAGACAUUGGAAGUUGGCUUGAGUUGUUUGGGUUUCAGCUUCACAAUGUACUCCCGGGAUUCCCAAAGCCAGAAGUGGAUGCUAUGGAGACAACAUAUGAACUUGUACAGCUUCAAACAAAGACCCAAGAGUGGGACCCUGGAAAGACUGUACUUGGCAUUCAGUGUGAACUACAGAAGCAGCUCAGAAACUUCAUUUCCUUGGACCAGCUUCCCAUGACCCCCAAAUACAGCAAUGGGAGAUGUGUGGAGAAAGCAAAGCUGCCCAGAUUUGCUGCAGUUCCCUCAGUUUUUGGGAAAGGUAUCAAAUUUGCCAUCAAGGAUGGCGUGGUAACAGCUGAUGUGAUUGGGGUGGCAAAUGAAGACAGCCGCCGCAUCGCUGCCAUCCUCAACAAUGCUCACUAUCUUGAGGACCUGCACUUUACAAUAGAUGGGCGAGACACUCACUAUUUCAUCAAGCUUGGGUCUCUGGAAGAAGACCUUGCAGUGAUAGGCAACACUGGGGGACGACGGAUUUUGGAGAACGGUGUCAACGUCACGGUAUCACAAAUGACUUCCAUUAUCAAUGGCAGGACUAGACGGUUUGCUGAUAUCCAGCUCCAGCAUGGCUCUCUGUGCUUUAACGUUCGGUACGGGACUACUGUGGAAGAAGAGAAGAACCAUGUUUUGGAGGUAGCCAGGCAGAGAGCUGUGGCUCAAGCUUGGACUAAGGAACAAAGGCGACUCCAAGAUGGCGAAGAAGGUAUUCGGGCUUGGACAGAGGGGGAGAAACAGCAGCUUUUAAGCACAGGGAAAGUACAGGGCUAUGAUGGAUAUUUUGUUUUGUCUGUGGAGCAGUAUCUAGAACUUUCUGACAGUGCCAACAAUAUUCACUUUAUGAGACAGAGUGAAAUAGGCAGGAGGUAACAAACAAACAAAAGACAUCGAUCUCUGCCUUUGCAUCACCAAAGACUGCCUGUUUUUAACAAAACAUUAAAGUAAAGGUUUAUUGUA